UCAAGAGCACUUGGUAUUAAGUUGCAUGAUCGCACCUUAUCUAACUGAUCCCUAGAUUCCAUAAGAGUACCAUCGCGUUAUCUGCUGCAAAAUAAUGAGAGUGAGUAUGAAGAGGAGAGGUUGGUCAUGGAGGUUGGCGCAUUUACCAGUUUCGAGAGGCGCGCUAAAUUGGCUAGCCCCUGAACCCCUGGCAUAUGCACGGCCCAACGUGAGGCUGAGUGUGACGUCAGCAUGGUUUGCGGAGUGGUACAUGAAAUACAUGGAGAGCUUGUGCUUCAUCAAUUCCUCAAGAAAAUCAGCAAUGCAUGGUAUUUAUACUGCCAUACCUCCUUAUUGCAGCAUAGUGAACAAAUUCAGUACACCAGGCUUGGUGAGAAGUUCUAAGCAAAGUAAAGUAAGGUAAGCAGGGAUUAACUACGAGGACCUCAGCCUUGCAAGGGUAUGCUGCA